AUGGUAUCAUCUCUACGACGUCUCGCAGCGGACCAUGCAGCGUUGCACGAAGAACUCCCUCCCAACUAUCUCUUUCCCUCCGACGAUGCCUCUGCCGGGGACGACUUGACACAGCUCACCACCCUCCUGGCCGGGCCACAGGGUACACCAUACUCGCAGGGCCUAUGGCGAUUGCAUCUGAAGAUGCCGGAGGACUAUCCUAAGAGUCCACCAAAGGCCACAUUCAGGACAAGGAUAUGGCAUCCAAAUGUAGAGGAAUCGACGGGUGCGGUCUGCGUGGAUACACUGAAGCGGGACUGGAAGCCCACCUUGACUCUGAAGGAUGUUUUGAUUACAAUCUCCUGUCUCCUCAUAUAUCCCAACCCAGACUCCGCACUGAACUCCGCAGCCGGCGCACUUCUUCAAGAGAACUACGAUGCGUUCGCCCGUCAAGCGAAACUCAUGACCUCCAUCCAUGCCCCAGUCCCAUCAGACUUGGCUUCAGCGGUAUCCGAGGCGAAAACGAGAGGUGAAGACGCCGACACAGUCAUCCCAGAAGAGCAAGAAUUGUCCCGCUCGCUACGACCACGAAAGGGUGCCAGAAUCGCCUCGGUCACUAUGAAAAAGCGAACAACUCGGAGGAGUGCCGCAGAGAGCUCGAGCUCACGGGCACUAUCUCAUCAACCUAGCACACCAAUUGAACGAGAAGCACAGGAACCAGAAGAAUCUCACGACACCAUCACCCUUGAUACGACCGUCUCCGACAGUGAAUCAGAAACAUCUACCAACGCCAGUAAAGAGAACGACCCUUCCCUAUCUCCUUCCCCAGUCCGACUCGCACCACCUAGCAUCCGCAGGAACGCAUUCGGAAAACGUCCCCUUUCCGUCCUAACCGUGCCAAUGGACGUAGACGACCCCUUCUCCAUGGACACAGAAGACCCAACAACAGGCGGCAUGUCUGCGUCCGAGAAGAACAUCGCAGCAAAUCAUCCCAACGAGCUCCCGGAGCGCGGCCACUCUCCACAGAGAAAGUCCCCGAAGCUGUCCGUACUCGACAAAGGCAUCAACUCAUCAGGUCGGAUACGCGAGGAUGUCCAGAUUUUCGAAGACGAUCCCGACCCUGCCGAGCUAGGCUUCAUCAGACGAGCCAGCGGCGACGGCAAGGAAAAUCCCCGAGCCUUAGCCGGUCUAAAAGAUACCGACCCCGCAAUCCGGAUGUCUAAUCCAAACUAUCCCCUCACGAUUCUUGCCCCCUCGGCAUCGAGAUCCGUCUCCUCCGGCUCGCGCCUAUCAAAACCAAUCACGGGGUCACGAAAAGUCUCAUCCUCGAACGGCAAAAAAGCCAAACCGCGCAUCGGCAUUCGCAGACUCUAG